AUGGUGUUGGGUCGAAUUUUUGUGUGAUUUUCAUCUCUCUAAUUAAUUUUGUGUUCUAUAAAAGCUUGUCUCGAAUGUGAGAUCCGCAUUCAAACAACAAAUAACGGGCUUUGGUUUUGGCUAUGCUUGGCAUCUUUUUCGAGAGUGAUAAGAAUGUGGAUUUGAGACUGCGUGAGUCUAAUGAAGUUCGGGCUUCUUUAUUCCCAUUCGCGUAACCGACAUGUCGGCUUGAAUCCACGCUCAUUCCAUGUGCUACCUUUCAUCUCAUUCACCACGUCGUCUUGAGCAUGUACCACUUUUAUGCCUCUGAUAUUUCUGCUUCUUGGUCUUGGGCUGUGAAUCUGCUUCACUUGGUGAAUCCAUUUCAGCAACACUGUUAGACCGUGCUUCAGUUUCAACCUUCGGCUGUACUUCUAUUUCAGCAACCCUGCUUUCAAACAGCUCUUCUUCUCCAUGAACUAAUGCCUGAAAAAGGUCAAAAUUGUCAAUAGCACGGUGAGGCGCCACAAGAUGAGGUGCCACAAGAUGAGGCAGAAGGUACAAUUUCUUCUUUCAAUUUUUGUUUCUGAUUAUUUGGAUCACACAAAUAAAAUUUACUAUGAAUUUGGAUUAGGAAAACCUAGAGGUACAACUCUGUUAAGAGCCUUAAUGAGUAGAUAAGUCAAUAUGACCAUGCUAGCUGGAAGGAAACAAAAGGAUCUAUGAAAUUGACAACAACAAUCAUCAGACAUGAUUCAACUAUCUAUGAAUCUUUACUAUUAUUCCUAUUUGAUGAUUAUUACGCGAUAUUACUAAAUUUUGUGCAUAUUCUACGGUAUUUGGAUACAUGCGAUAUUACUAAAUUUUGUAUCUUUCUUGUAAUUUCAGAUUCGAAUAAAGUCCAAUGCAGAACUAAUUUAAGCAUGGUAGCGAAAAUUUAUGAAGCGGAAGGAUAUGUUAAUCGCGAGGAGAAACGAGAAAUUUGUAAGAAUUCUGUUUUCUUCAAACUAAUUGAAACCAUGCCUAAGAAGAAGAACAACAUCGAAUAUUUUGAGCAGUUAGCAGAUUUGUAUGAUAUCGACAAACAGGCAUUCUUAGUAAAAGGUCGUCAUCUUAAACUUUGCCCUGAGGAAAUCUCGAAUCUCACGGGAUUAUCCUGCAAAGGAAAAGUCUUUGCUGAGAAAAGAUCGGCAUCUUUACCUACAUAUUUUGUGAACCUAUGUUCUAAGUAUGGUAAAACAUCUAAUGAAGGGCCUGUUUCUGUGAGACUAAUUUUUGAACUGCUUAAGGAAAUGGUGAUAGAAACUGGGGAUGAUCGGGUUGAUUUUGAAAGACUACUAAACACCAUGCUUACUUUUUUCAUAACUGUUAAGACCCAAGAGAAGGUCCCGAGGGGAUGCAUGGUGUUUUGUGAGUCUUUAGAGGCGUUCAAGGAUAUAAACUGGCCAGCAACAAUUUGUGACAACACAAUUUGUUUUCUGAAAGAACGGCAUGAAGCAAAACAGAAAGACAAACCGAAUAAACAAGUAAGAUGCAUGAUUCAAAUUGUUGAGGCAUGGUUCAAUAUGAGAACCCGCCUAAUUUCUGCCAUAGAUACACAGUGCACUGUAGAUGGAGACGAGUUAGCCCCGAUGUUACACUACUUGAGUCGGCACCUCUUGAAAUCUGAUGCUGCACGGUUGUUUGAACAACUAAAUCCCGAUCAGGUCCUUAACUGUAGAGAUCCACGGUGUAGCUCUCAAGAGAGGCUCCUGGACGAUGAAAAUGUGCAAACCUUCUCUUACCAUUGCAGCACGUACGUUUUGAUUGCUGUCACUGAUGAUUUCAUAGGUAAAGUCUUUAAAAAAAAUUGCAUACAUAUUUUUCUUUCUUAUUAAUUAUUAAUUAAGCUUCUUUCUAUUUCAAGUGCUUAUAUCAAAGCGGUUCUGACCCAGUCCAUGUGUAGACUGGGCUCUGAUGAUGUCCACGAGCUUUUCCUUAGUCUCAAACAUGAGUUCAAUGCUACAGACAAUUUUCACCUAUUUCAGGCAUUGUCUAGCAAAGAAGAGCAGCUACUUCAAGGCAUGGGUGUCUCCCACAUAGCCACAACUGCUUCACAAUCGAACAUGAAUGUGGCUACUCUCGAGGAGCAUACAAUGAAGAAUGUGACUGAGAGCAUGGGAGCUGGAAUUGUACAUAUUUUUCUUAUUAAUUGUUAAUUAUGCUUCCGUGCUAUUGACAAUUUUGACCUUUUUCAGGCAUUAGUUCAUGGAGAAGAGAAGGCUGAAACUGAAGCACGGUCUAGCAGUGUUGUUGAAAUGGAUUCACCAAGUGAAGCAUAUUCACAGCCCAAGACCAAGAAGCAGAAAUAUCAGAGGCUGGCUCAGGAUGUGAGAAAUAAUCAGUCAUUAGUGCUAGCAUCAGGAAACAAGAGACUAAGAAAAAUAGUAUAUAAUUGAAAAUGAUUUAUUAGUUGUGUUUUAGUUUCUUUGUGUC